AUGCACAGACAGUCCCCGACUUACGACUCUCACUAUAACAACAUGCACAGACAGUCCCCGACUUACGACUCUCACUAUAACAACAUGCACAGACAGUCCCCUACUUACGACUCUCACUAUAACAACAUGCACAGACAGUCCCCGACUUACGACUCUCACUAUAACAACACGCACAGACAGUCCCCGACUUACGACUCUCACUAUAACAACAUGCACAGACAGUCCCCGACUUACGACUCUCACUAUAACAACAUGCACAGACAGUCCCCGACUUACGACUCUCACUAUAACAACAUGCACAGACAGUCCCCGACUUACGACUCUCACUAUAACAACAUGCACAGACAGUCCCCGACUUACGACUCUCACUAUAACAACAUGCACAGACAGUCCCCGACUUACGACUCUCACUAUAACAACAUGCACAGACAGUCCCCGACUUACGACUCUCACUAUAACAACAUGCACAGACAGUCCCCGACUUACGACUCUCACUAUAACAACAUGCACAGACAGUCCCCGACUUACGACUCUCACUAUAACAACAUGCACAGACAGUCCCCGACUUACGACUCUCACUAUAACAACAUGCACAGACAGUCCCCGACUUACGACUCUCACUAUAACAACAUGCACAGACAGUCCCCGACUUACGACUCUCACUAUAACAACACGCACAGACAGUCCCCGACUUACGACUCUCACUAUAACAACAUGCACAGACAGUCCCCGACUUACGACUCUCACUAUAACAACAUGCACAGACAGUCCCCGACUUACGACUCUCACUACAACAACACGCACAGACAGUCCCCGACUUACGACUCUCACUAUAACAACAUGCACAGACAGUCCCCGACUUACGACUCUCACUAUAACAACAUGCACAGACAGUCCCCGACUUACGACUCUCACUAUAACAACACGCACAGACAGUCCCCGACUUACGACUCUCACUAUAACAACAUGCACAGACAGUCCCCGACUUACGACUCUCACUAUAACAACAUGCACAGACAGUCCCCGACUUACGACUCUCACUAUAACAACAUGCACAGACAGUCCCCGACUUACGACUCUCACUAUAACAACACGCACAGACAGUCCCCGACUUACGACUCUCACUAUAACAACAUGCACAGACAGUCCCCGACUUACGACUCUCACUACAACAACAUGCACAGACAGUCCCCGACUUACGACUCUCACUAUAACAACAUGCACAGACAGUCCCCGACUUACGACUCUCACUAUAACAACAUGCACAGACAGUCCCCGACUUACGACUCUCACUAUAACAACAUGCACAGGCAGUCCCCGACUUACGACUCUCACUAUAACAACAUGCACAGACAGUCCCCGACUUACGACUCUCACUAUAACAACAUGCACAGACAGUCCCCGACUUACGACUCUCACUAUAACAACAUGCACAGACAGUCCCCGACUUACGACUCUCACUAUAACAACAUGCACAGACAGUCCCCUACUUACGACUCUCACUAUAACAACACGCACAGACAGUCCCCGACUUACGACUCUCACUAUAACAACACGCACAGACAGUCCCCGACUUACGACUCUCACUAUAACAACAUGCACAGACAGUCCCCGACUUACGACUCUCACUAUAACAACAUGCACAGACAGUCCCCGACUUACGACUCUCACUAUAACAACAUGCACAGACAGUCCCCGACUUACGACUCUCACUAUAACAACAUGCACAGACAGUCCCCGACUUACGACUCUCACUAUAACAACAUGCACAGACAGUCCCCGACUUACGACUCUCACUAUAACAACAUGCACAGACAGUCCCCGACUUACGACUCUCACUAUAACAACAUGCACAGACAGUCCCCGACUUACGACUCUCACUAUAACAACAUGCACAGACAGUCCCCGACUUACGACUCUCACUAUAACAACAUGCACAGACAGUCCCCGACUUACGACUCUCACUAUAACAACACGCACAGACAGUCCCCGACUUACGACUCUCACUAUAACAACAUGCACAGACAGUCCCCGACUUACGACUCUCACUAUAACAACACGCACAGACAGUCCCCGACUUACGACUCUCACUAUAACAACACGCACAGACAGUCCCCGACUUACGACUCUCACUAUAACAACACGCACAGACAGUCCCCGACUUACGACUCUCACUAUAACAACAUGCACAGACAGUCCCCGACUUACGACUCUCACUAUAACAACACGCACAGACAGUCCCCGACUUACGACUCUCACUAUAACAACAUGCACAGACAGUCCCCGACUUACGACUCUCACUAUAACAACACGCACAGACAGUCCCCGACUUACGACUCUCACUAUAACAACACGCACAGACAGUCCCCGACUUACGACUCUCACUAUAACAACAUGCACAGACAGUCCCCUACUUACGACUCUCACUAUAACAACAUGCACAGACAGUCCCACUUACGACUCUCACUAUAA